CGUGGUAUACCUGGGUGAUAACAGUAGAGUGGGGACUAAAUCAGAGUGCUCGCGGGCUCAAUUAUAUAAUUCUGUGAAACAUCUGAAUUAUUUGUGAAUCAGCCCUAUUAUCCUUUUAAUAUCCGAACAUGUCUACGUUAUGGAUGGGAGAUCUUGAUCAGUUUGCAGAUGAGGCUUUUGUCGCGAGUGCAUUUGCUGCUAUGGGAGAAAGUGUGGCCUCUGUCAAAAUGAUCAAGAACAGGAUUACAGGUGGUCCAGCUGGCUACUGCUUUGUUGAUUUUGGGGAUACUGGCACAGCACAGAAAGUCAUGUCUAAACUUAACGGCCUUCCCAUCCCUGGGAGCAACCCUAUCAAGCGCUUCAAACUUAACUGGGCUACAUAUGCUUAUGGAAAAGAGUCUACGCAUCAAGGUCCAGAGUUUUCCAUAUUUGUGGGUGAUCUUACACCUGACGUCAAUGAUCACAUGCUCCAGGAAUUCUUCCAGUCGCGAUUCCCAUCAUGUAAAGCAGCCAAAGUUGUACUGGAUGCAUCAGGAAAUUCAAGGGGCUAUGGAUUUGUAAGAUUUUUUGAUGAAAAGGAACACAAGCGAGCUAUGGUUGAGAUGCAAGGUGCGGUAGGCUGUGGCUCAAAACCCAUCCGAGUCAGUGCUGCCACACCCAAAAGGCCACCAACAACCACAACAUAUGCUGCAACAACAGAGGCUACGCCCACCGUAGCGGCCCAGUAUGGCACCCAGUACACACCACAACAGUACCAGCAGUACCAACAGUACAUGGCCGCCUGGCAAGGGUAUGCUCAGCAGCAACAGCAGCCAUAUUAUCAGCAGUACCAGCAACAAUAUGCCGCACCUGUUGCAUACGGCCAGGACUACCAGCAGCAGCAUGUUGUACAGGGCUAUGAAACAGACCAGCAAGGAAUGACUGUGGACAACACAGCUGAAGAUCCCGAUGAGCCGCUAGAUAUCGCAGAGGAAAAUAAAAGGCUGAUUGAGCGUGAAUCAGAAUUGUUCGAGGAGUUUGAAAGCUCUCGCUGGCAACCCACUGAAUCACUCACAAAUAGCCCUAAAGCCAUCGCAACGUAGUCUCAACCCGCCCAACGCCCACCUGGCAUUGUAUAUACCUCAUAAACAUUUGUUGUAAAUCUAGAAAUCUGUGUAUUAAACUUCGGGGCUCAUGUUAUAAGUGUGGCUCGAGGGGCGGAUCCAGACAUUCUCCAAGUAUCAAGGAGCACCAAGAUAUGGCGGGGAAAAAUUUGUGAAUUAUAUCUCCAUACGUAUAAGGA